AUGAUGUAAUGACUAAUGCUACGUGCCAGUAAUAAUGAUUCCGCGUUCAUUUAAUCAUUACGAUAAAGUGUACCAAUGGUUGAACACGUAUCAGUUGAAACGAUGUCGCGAUUGGACCUGGUAAUAUUCGGCGCUACCGGCUUCACCGGCAAGAAGGUGGUGGAGAAGCUGGCACGUGGUGGCGAGAGUUACGACACAUUGUCAUGGGGAGUAGCUGGUCGUUCACAAAGAAAGCUCGAGAAAAUGGUGGCUGAUGUUUCCAAAUUAACAGGUAAAGACCUGUCGCACAUUAGGAUACUAGUGGCAGACACUGGCGACAAUAAAUCGCUGAAACAAAUGUGUGCGCAGGCCAAGGUUUUGAUUAACUGCUGCGGGCCUUACCGACUGUACGGCGAGCCUGUGGUCCGCGCCGCCAUCGAUGCGAAGACUCAUUAUGUGGACGUUAGUGGAGAACCCUUGUUCAUGGAGACGAUGCAGCUGGUAUACGACGGACAAGCGCGGGAGGCGGGCGUUUAUGUGAUCAGCGCGUGUGGCUUCGACAGCAUACCCAACGAUAUGGGGGUCGUGUUCCUGCAACAGAAAUGGGAAGGUACAUUGAAUUCAGUGGAGUCAUAUAUGGAAACUUAUCUCUCCCCUGACUUUAAAAACAAAGGAAGUAAAACCAGUGUUCUUAAUUCCGGCACUUGGGAAUCCCUCAUCUAUGGAUUUUCGGAUCAAUUAAAGUUGUUAUCAUUACGAAAACAAUUAUUCCCUGAGAAAAUGCUUAAGUUUGAACCGGAACUGCAGUUACGGGGCCCUCUGCACAAACAUAACAAGGAUUGGUACGUGCCUUUCUUAGGAGCUGACAAGUUCGUAGUGUACCGUACUCAACAUCGGUCGUAUUUUGACGGGGAGAGGCCGGUGCAAUUCGAGGUGUACUACAAGACGAGAAGCCUGCUGAAUACUUUACUGUUCGCUAUUGCUGCGGCUUUCUUAUUCGUAAUGUCAAUGGUUUCCAUCACGAGGAAUCUAGUAAUAAAUUAUCCCAGUUUCUUUUCUGCUGGAAUGUUUACAAAGGAAGGGCCCAGUGAAGAAGUGAUAAACAAUUGCCAUUUUCGAGUGGAACUGGUCGGAAAAGGGUGGGAGAAAGGGGUAGACACAAAACGCACGCCGAUGAACAAGACCAUGGUUGCAAGGAUAUCAGGAGUGAAUCCUGGGUAUGGAGCUACAGUUCUUGGAGUAUUACAUAGCGCUCUUACUAUCCUAUGGGAACAGCAUAAAAUGCCCAAAGGCGGAGUUCUAACAACUGGGGCAGCUUUUAGUAACACCACUCUUAUUGAACAAUUACAUAAGAAUGGCUUCAAAUUCGAAAUUGUUAAAUAGAAGAUUAAGUUAUUUUAAAUGAAUAUAUUUUGUUUGUAAAUGUUUGAGUAGGUAUUUAUUUUAAGCAUAAGAACUUUUAUAUUUUUAAAU